UUUUUUGUAUUUAUUAAGUGUUAAGUAACCUUCAGCUGAAGUGCUUUGAUGCUGAUGAAGGCCCAAAUGAUCAGAGGAACUGGGGUUAUUUUUCCUUUUGUGGAAAUAAGUCACUAACUUUUUGAGGUUAUCCUAGGUUAGUUUUGUUGAUGGUAUGUGUGACCUCAGCCCUGGGGGCCCACACACUGGUGCUGGUGGACACAUUAGCUACUCGUGAAACACAUUCCAUCUUCCUGAAGUCCCUUCAAGAACGUGGCCAUGAAGUGAGUGUGAAGGCAGCAGAUGACCCAUCAUUACAACUUUCUCGCUAUGGAGAAUACAUUUACCAGAACCUCGUGAUCCUGGCUCCAGGAGUUGAAGAGUUUGGAGGAGCUCUGAGUGUAGAGACUAUUGUGGAGUUCGUUGAUGGUGGUGGAAGUGUACUAGUGGCAGGAUCUCGGGAUGCUGCAGACUUGAUCCGUGAACUAGUGACUGAGGUCGGGGUAGAGAUGGAUGAGGAAGGUGCAGCAGUCAUUGACCAUCUACACUAUGAUGCCAACGAUGAUGGGCAGCACACGCUCAUUGCUUCACCAAGUGCAGGAUUAAUUGAAUCUGAAGUUAUGGUAGGGCCUAGGGAUGCAGUUCCACUCUUGUAUCGUGGAACAGGACUCAUCACCGAUGCUGAUAACCCACUUGUGCUCCCUGUCUUGAGAGCACCCUCCACUGCCUACUGUUAUAACCCCACCCAGGCCAUAACAGAUUACCCACAUGCUACAGGUCAGAACAUGUUGCUUGUGGCAGCACUGCAGGCCCGCAAUAAUGCCCGUGUUAUAGUUUCUGGCUCCCUAGAGUUCUUCUCUGAUGCUUUUAUCAUGGCUUCUGUUCAGACUCCACAGGGAGCUUUUUAUGAACGCUCUGGAAAUGGAAAAGUAGUGGAAGCCUUGAGUAGAUGGGUCUUCAUGGAGGAAGGUGUACUGCGAGUAGCUUCAGUAAAGCAUCACCUUCAGGGCGAGUCAGAGCCUCCAUCAGCCUACACAAUCAAACAAGAUGUGGAAUACAAGAUCAAGAUUGAGCGGCUGGAAGAUGGCGUAUGGAAACCGUUCUUAGCAAAUGAUCUCCAGUUGGAGUUUGUGCGCAUUGACCCAUUUGUCAGGCUUACCAUGACACCCCACCCUAAUGGUGUCUUCUCUGUGAAUUUCAAGGUACCUGAUGUUUAUGGUGUCUACCAAUUCAAGGUGGAAUAUAAUCGUGUUGGCUUCACUCGUCUCUUCAGCACAACCCAGGUUUCUGUAAGACCAUUCACACACAGGCAGUAUGAGCGGUUCAUUGAAUGUGCAUACCCUUAUUAUGCAAGUGCAUUUUCAAUGAUGGUAGGAGUUUUCCUCUUCUCUUUGGUGUUCCUGCAUCACAAAGACUCACCACCUAAGCAUAAGUCUGAAUAAAGCACUAUUAAAAGUUUUUCAAAACUUAAAUAUCUGUAUCUUAAAAUGGAGAUUUAUCCGUGCCCAAUUUCCCAACAUUCCAAAAUAUUCUCCUUUUUUUAUUCUUUGUUCAAUACAUUGCUCUAGAACAUUAUAAUUAGGAGUUUGUAAUGCAUGGUAAAUACUUCUUAAAAACUGAUAAUAUGAAUAAGAGAGGUCAUUAUUCUCUGCUACUAUUCUGUAAAAAGGUGUUAUGACAAAUACAAUUUUAAGUAUU